UUAUAUCAGUCUCAUAAAUAAAAUAAAAAGGUUUAUUCAGGUAAUUCAUUGCCAAUAUGAUAGGCGGCCCAUAAAAUGACAUUAUCAGUGUGCAAGAGGACAGCAAUGUGAAGCGGACACUCUUCCUAACGAUCCGGAAAUGCACUGGGGAAUAAAACAGUUGCACGACCUAUUUAUUUUGGGGUGGACAUGUUUUGUCGCCACUCAUUUUCAGCUGUAGCUAGCAAUGUAUUUCUACAUUUAUUUACAGAAACGUCAGUAAAGUUUUAGAGGAAUACGAUUAAUUGAUUGCCAUAGCAUACAUUUUCGACUAUGGAGCGCAGUAGAUCUCGCGACAGUUCCGCGGAUACGACCAAGAGCACGAGCAGACAAUUCGGAGAGAAAAAACUGGCCAAGAAGAAAAAGCGAAGACACUCCUCCUCUUCUUCCUCAUCGUCCAGCAGCAGUGCGAGUCCGACCCCUUCAAAGAAAGCAUCACGUUCCUUCAGCAAGAGCCAAGAUGGGAAACUGAAGAAAAAAAUGAAAAAUAAAAGAAGUUCCUCAUCUUCCUCGUCAAGCUCUUCUUCUUCAUCCUCCUCAUCCUCCUCAAGUGAUGGAAAGUCCAAGAGGAAGGAAAGGAAAAAGAAAAAAUUCAAGAAGAAGUUAAAGAAGAAGAAAAGAAAGUUGAAGAAAGAGAUGAAAUUGGAGAAGAAGAAAAUGAAGAAGAUAAAGAAAUUGGAAGAAAGAAGAGCAUCCCUGCUUGUAGAUUUGAUGCCCCCUCCAGCCCCCCCACAGCCUGUAGGCAGCGCCCCCCAGCCCUUCCUGGAGUUGUGGCAGAGUGAUGAUUGCACAGAAGAUCAUGGACCAGCAAUGACAGAUGAGCAGAAAGCCAGGCUAUCCACCAAGAGGCCCUUAACAAAGGAGGAGUAUGAGGCUAAGCAGAGUGUCAUCCGCAGGGUGGUAGACCCUGAGACUGGACGCACCAGGCUGAUAAGGGGAGAGGGAGAGAUCAUUGAGGAGAUUGUCAGUAAAGAGAGACACAAAGACAUCAAGCAAGCCACAAAGGGAGACGGAAACUCCUUUCAGAAGAAACUAGGACUAAACAGUUGACCAGCAUCCUUUCAUCACAAUUCACUUUGGACUUUCUCUGAAUGCAUCAGAAAUUCAGAAUGACAAUGAUGGCCGAACUGUCAGUUUUUAUAAAUUAAAUUAAACAUACAUUCAAACUGACCACAAAAACAGAAGUCAACUGUGUAAUGCGAUUUACUUUUUUACCAUGUAAUAAAGUAUUUUUCUUAGAUAAUUAUCCUUGACCAUUCCUGUGUGCAUCGGGUAUUUACUAUUUCAGUUACAGGUUUAAAACCUAAUCUUACACCCGCCAUUCAAAUAAUUUAGAGACAAGUAACCACACAUUUAAUUUCUGUUCUUCAUACUUACUUUUUAUACACUGUACAGGGAAACACAGGGAACUGGUAAAUAAAACUGUCAAACUUUAGAGUAACACAAAUAAAAUGUAUACUAAAUAUACCACGCUUUAACAAAGCCAAGGUAUUGGGACGUUUUGAUGUGAUCAAAUUGUCAGCAUUGCCAUUUCAAUAAGCGUGUGAGAUGAAACCUGUUUUUAAGCGCAGUGUGCAAGUCGUUUUAUUUAAUAUAUUCCUAUGUACAUUUAUACUAUUUCCCUAGAGAUAAAA